AUGGCAGGUGGCUGGGGAAGGUUUGAAUUUGGGGAGUCAAAUGAUAUACUGGCACCCGUUUCUCCAUCCCAAACUCUCAUCUCCUGGUAUGGCUGCACUCGCGCAACAUCCACAUGUUCCCAUACUCCAACGUCCUUGAGGAAUGACACAGAGGAAGGAGUGAGGCUGCUUACGCGGUUGGAGAACUGCGUGGGUUCUAAAUUCCAAGAUCUGGAUUUCGACAGAUCCUGGCUUUCGAUUAGAGCAAUUCUAAGCUUCGAGGUUAUUGGAGAGGAUCCUGGAAAGGAAAAAGAUGAAGAGAACCCUCGUCUCCCCAACUGCAGGUCACGCCUGCAUGACGGGCAAACGUAUAAUCGCAGCGCAGAACGAGACAGUGAUCGCAUUGUUGGAAUCGUGGCGUCCUCAACCACCAACUUUGCAGUUCAGUGUACGGAUCUCACGUGGUGUCGACAUCUAAAGAGUGAGCAGUAA